UUAAAAACGAGUCGUCGUUUACACCUCUCUUUCUCGUGAUCAAAGUUAAAAUUUCACAAUCCUCCAGCCUCUUCUUGAAUACCAAAAAAAGAAAUGGCUUCUUCUCCUCCAAGCGAAGAAUCACAAAACCAGAAUCAAGAUCGACAACAAGUAGCAGCAGUGAAAGAGCAAGAGAAGGAGUGCCUUCACAAAACCAAAACGAUAGAGUUCUUAGGCCGUACCACUCCUAUCGUUCUCCAAAAUGACAAUGGACCUUGUCCUCUGCUAGCCAUCUGUAAUGUUCUUCUGCUAAAGAACAAUCUAAAUUUGAGCCCAGAUAGCGCUGAAGUUUCACAGGAGAAAUUGCUAUCCCUUGUUGCAGAACGAUUGAUUGAUUCCAACAGUAAUAUUGUUUUUCUCAUCAUGCAGAACAAAGAUGCAGGAUAUGUCGAAAAUCAACAGCAGAAUAUUGCAGAUGCUAUUGAUUUGCUUCCACGACUUGCAACUGGAAUUGAUGUAAAUCUAAAGUUUAGGAGGAUAGAUGAUUUUGAGUUUACCCGAGAAUGUGCCAUAUUUGAUUUGCUUGACAUUCCUUUAUACCAUGGUUGGAUAGUUGAUCCCCUGGACUAUGAUACUGCUAAUGCCAUCGGGUCAAAGUCCUAUAAUACUCUUAUGGGGGAGCUUGUUGCUCUGGAAACAAGAAACAUGGAAGAUGAAAGUAAAAAUGUUACCAGGGAAGAUUUUAAAAGUAAGACCGAGGAAGACUGCGUUGACUUUGUUGCUGCUACAACUGCUACUUUGGGCGUUCCUUCUCCCUGUCUUUCAAAAGCUAGGUCUUUUGAUGAUUCUCCACGUUCAGCCUCUGAUCAUCAAAAUGUAAGAAAAGGGGAUUUAGAAGAAGCAGCAGCACUAUUGAGGGUCUUAAAAUUUUCGGAGGCUGAGUUGCCAUGUUCAGCAGGCGAUUCUCUUGUAUCUGAUGUUAAUGGAAGGGUUUUGUUUGUUAGUUCAGAUGAAAGUACAUCUAUGAAGGGGGCUGUGACUGUGACUUCUUUGGAUACAUCAGAGGGACCUGUUGGUAUUGAUGGCAGUUUUAAUGCAUUGAGCAAUGAUGAUAAUAAUAAUCUGACAUCCUUGGAAACUACUCUUCCAGGGGAAGUGACGUGCUCUUCCUUAAAGACUGAUCUGAAUGUUCAUUUUGAUCAUUCAACUUGUACAGAAUCUGGAGAACAUAUCUCUUGUGAUGAUACCAUUAAGAAUCGUAGUGUUGACACAGGUGUUGAGAUUCAAGACGCAGUGUCCCUUUCUUGUGCAAAGAGUACUGCAUCUUUGAAUGGAGACCGUGUGGAUAUUUUACAUUACAGUCAGAAGGUUGAGAAUCAGUGCACUUCUAUUACCGAGGUUCAUGAACCAGCAGAUAUUUCAAAUGGGCGUGACAAGGAGGAUGUACCAGGGUCAGCUUCACCAGUUCUAGAGUCAAAUUCAUCUAUUGGCAGAAUGCAGAACGUAGACGCACCUGAUACCUUUACUUCAAGUGUUGAUGGCAGUGAGCCAAUAUACGAGGGAGAAGAAUGCAUUUUGGAUACAGGAACUUCAAAUUAUGAAGAGCGAGAGCCUAUGUAUGAAGGUGAAGUGGUUCUUGCAGAACAAGCUGAUAGAACUGUGAGGUCUAAGGAUGAAAUCACUCCACAGCAAGGGGAGCUGAUAGGGAACUUUUUGAAGAACAAUGCUAGUCAGUUGACCUUUUAUGGUCUCUUUUGCUUACAGGAUGGGCUUAAAGAGCGAGAGUUGUGUGUUUUUUUCCGCAACAAUCACUUUAGCACCAUGUUUAAGUAUGAUGGUGAGCUGUAUCUUUUAGCUACAGACCAAGGUUACAUUAAUCAGCCUGAUUUGGUGUGGGAGAAACUAAAUGAGGUAAAUGGAGAUACAUUGUUUAUGACAGGCAACUUCAAGGAAUUCAGGGUGGAAAGUCAUUCAAAUGACCCAUGGGAUGAGCACAAUGCCGUGACCAGUACUGCUGAUUAUCUUGCCAGCAUCGAUAGUGCUGCACAAGCGGGUUUGGAUAUAAACUCUGAUCUGCAACUGGCAAUAGCUCUGCAGCAACAGGAGUUUGAGCAGCAGCAGCAGCAGCCGCCGCCGCCGCCGCCACCGCAACGCCAUAACAUGCUGCAAGCAUCCAGUACUGGUGGUUCGAGGCUAAUCACAGGCCCCCAGGUGCCAAGGAGCAGUGGGAAAACCACAUCUUCUUCAUCUUCCAGGUUUGAUGCAAAGUCAAAAGACAAGUGUAGUCUGAUGUGAAUUUUGCUGGAGGUGUUGUGGAAGUUUGUUCAUUAAAUGGCUUGUAUUUCGACCCCAUGGUAUCCUUCAUAACAAUAAACUGCAUUAGUAUAAGGUAAUGUUUGGAA